UCCUGAAGAUUGUUGUAAUUAUCCGAGUUCCAUUACCAAGCUAUAGCUGCUAUCAAUGAAAAUCUCAACCCAACUACGUAAUUAUCCAAAAUAAUCAAUUUGGCGACUCUUAGUCAAUUGUGCAUAAAUAAAUAUCCAUCUUUCUCUAUAAAUCAACAUCAAGAGGAAUUUCUUCAGUUCCAUGAUUGUUCCCCAAAGGUUGCAAAUCGUAGCCCUGCAUCCACGCGAUGAUGAACAUCAAUCUCCUCCUAGUAAUUAUUGCCACCACAGCAGCUCUACUGCUCGGCACUACUGGAUCCAAUGCCAUUAGCCGCCAUGACGAUCAAAGAAAGGCAAGAUAUAAUCAAAUUAAUUAGCCCCUAACCAAUCAUAUUCGUCUCUUUGUUCCCAUUUUGUGUUAAUUAGGUUAUGCCAAUAAUUACUGCAAUUAAUCAACGUUUUUUGGGUCUGAUAAUGACAUGCAGAACCAUAUCGUGUACAUGGGAAGCUUAUCUCCCGAAAACAGCUUCAACCAUCUCAUGGCUGCUAAUAAUCGCCACCACAACUUGCUUUCAAGUGUACUUGGAGAUGAGGAGUUAGCUCGAAGCGUGAGAGUUAGCUCAUUCGGGAGGAGUUUUGAUGGCUUCUCUGCUCGUCUACUGCCGGAAGAAGCUGAAAGGCUCAAAGCGCAUCCAAAUGUGGUGUCUGUUUUUCCCAACCAAAUUCGAGAGCUCCACACCACAAGGUCAUGGGACCUCAUCGGAGUGACUCAAUCGGUCAGGAGAAACCUCAAAUUUGAGCGUGACGUAAUCGUUGGCGUACUCGAUACAGGUAUAAACGUUGAUGCCCCGAGUUUCAACGACAAGGGUUUAGGUCCACCUCCUGCGAAAUGGAAAGGAAUUUGCCAGGAGGGCGCCAACUUCAACCGUUGCAACAACAAGGUCAUUGGGGCAAGGGCUUACGCCUUUGACAAUGACCACGGAGAACCCGCCUCGAGUCCGUGUGAUCUUGAGGGUCACGGGUCCCACACCGCCUCCACGGUGGCUGGCUCCCUGGUUCAGGGAGCCAGCCUGUACGGCCUGAUGAAGGGCACCGCCCGCGGCGGGGUGCCCUCCGCCAGGAUAGCAAUGUACAAGGUAUGCGGCAAGUACUGCACCGACCUAAACAUACUGCACGGCUUCGACGACGCCAUCGCCGAUGGCGUCGACAUCAUCUCGCUCUCGGCCGGUGGCGGCCCUUUUGCCGGUUACUUCACCGACGCCAUCUCCAUUGGCUCCUUCCAUGCCAUGAGGAAAGGAGUGCUGACCAGCGUCGCCGCCGGCAACAGCGGCCCCGACCCCAACACCGUUUCCAACGUCGCCCCGUGGUUGAUGACCGUCGGAGCUAGCGGCACCGACCGCCAGCUCGUUACACCCAUCACCAUCGGCCGGGAUGGCUUCAAAACCUUGGGAAAUUCGAUCAAUACCGUUUCUUCAGGAAAGAAAUUUCUUCCUCUCGUCAGCGGGCGGACAGCUCAGAACUCGAGCAGUAACGAUGCGAAAACUUUUCCAGGGGCUUGUAUCGAUGGGAGUACAAGUAAAGAGAUGGUGAAGGGCAAGGUGGUUUUGUGCAAUGGAGCCAUAGAAGGGGAUAGUGUCCUAAAGCGGGAUGGAGCGCUUGGAAUGUUGAUGGCCGACUACAAGGGCGAGUUGGACGCCGCCUAUGCUUUCGUCCUCCCAACCGCGAUGAUCACGCCGGAGCGUUAUCUUGCCAUUGAAAGAUACAUUAACUCCACCAAGAAUCCUCAGGUGUUGAUACACAAAUCAAGGAGCAUCCACGUGGACUCGCCAUUUGUAGCCUCCUUCUCGUCUCGAGGUCCUGAUCGCUAUUCCAAAACAAUACUCAAGCCGGAUCUUGUAGCACCAGGAGUGAACAUCCUAGGCGCGUACACAAACCUAGCCUCCCUAACAUCGAGCCCACUAGACAACAGGUUCAGCAACUUCAACAUCAUGUCGGGAACAUCAAUGGCCUGCCCUCACGCCACCGCCGCCGCCGCCUAUAUCAAGUCCUUCCACCCUGAUUGGUCCCCCGCCGCCGUCAAAUCCGCCCUCAUGACCACCGCUUCACCAAUCAAAGUACCCGAGAAGCAAGCCGAGUACGCGUACGGGUCGGGCCAGAUCGACCCGACCAGAGCGGUCGACCCGGGUCUGGUCUACGACCUGACGGAGGAUGACUACGUACGUUUUCUUUGCAACAUGGGGUACAACCGCGUCAUGAUGAAGCCCAUCGUGGGACGUGACGUGGCGUGUCCGUUGACCAAGGCUAAGGUUUGGAGUAGCGACGCGCUGAACUACCCGUCGAUGAACCUGCAGCUGCCGAUCCCGGGGACGGGCGGGCCCGUGGCGGCGGUGUUUUGGAGGACGGUGACGAACGUUGGAGCGGCGAAUGCGACGUACAAGGCGGAGGUGGGUGGUGACGUGGCCGGGUGGAGUAUUAAGGUUGUGCCGGAGACGUUGGUGUUUUGGGAGGUGAACGAGAGGAAGUCGUUUAGGGUGAUGGUUCGGGGCCCGCCGGUGAAUAUCGACGACGGGGUGUUGUCGGCGUCGGUGGAGUGGAGGGAUACGGAGGGCCGGUGGAGUGUUAGGAGUCCGAUUGUGAUAUCGGCUGAUUUGUUGACCUGAUCAUCGUUGUAUUUACGUGUUGGGAUUCUUUUUUUACAUGAAUUUUCGGUUUGAUGGAGAGAUUUCAUACCUCAAUUUAAGAUGGUAGAUUAGAUUGCAAGUAGAUUGUUUCUGAAAAUUUCCAAAAAGAAUUCUUGACUACCAUUGUCUUAGUUGUGGAUUUUUUUUUUUACAGAAGAUUGGUUGUUUCAUUAAUACGAAACAAUUUUUUUUUUUACAGAUGAUUGGUUGUUUCAUUAAUACGAAACAGUUUUUUUUUUUACAGAAGAUUGGUUGUUUCAUUAAUACGAAACACAGUGUACAGAGUUGAUACAAUACUGAGAGGAAGAAAGACAAACCAACUAAACAAGAAUUCCAAAACAUAAGCUUUCAAUAGCCCAAAAACCCAGCUGCCCAAAGUCUAGUUUGAAUAAUUAGACCCGUAAGCCCACCCAGAAAUCCUAAUUCAGCAGGCCCAAGGAGUUGUGGCCUCCUUUUGCAUCCCCCACCCCUGAACCUUGCCGCAAUAAGCUUCUGCCUAAACAGACCAUCAUCGUCAGGGGAAAAACACCAGAAAUGACGAUACCAACGCUGACGAGAAGAAGAACAGCCGCAAGAACGGUAGGGAGGACCAAACUCAGAACCCAGAGCGGCUCCAAGAUUCACCUGACUAGAGGAGCAGCCUGAGAACUUGGACAGAGAAGUGACGCUUGAACCACCACUGAUCUGAGCAAAACGGCAAUAACCCACCACAAACAAGAUUUUCCUGCUCACAAGCUCCCUGAAAAUCUAUUCUAGACAACAAUGACCCACGCAUCUCCGAAUCAUCCCAGAUUUGAAUGAAACAAAAGGAAGAUUGUUGAUGGACUCUCUGGGCUUGUUUGGGGCUUUUAAAGCUUGUUCGGUUUGGGUACGAACUCUAGGCUUGGGUGUUAACAGACUUGACUUGUUUUUCUAGCAGGCCCAUCUUUGUUUAAUUAGGGAUCCAAAGUGAUGGUUCCAUUGGGCUGACUAUAGGGUGUGAUCUUGUGCUUUAUGUUCUUUGCAAUGGUAUGUGUUACUACCUUAUUGAUCUUUUCUAUUUAUCCAAGUUAAUUUCACCAUGAUACAAAGAUAUUUUGUGUUUUUUUUUAUCAACCAAGGGAACAAACAAGGUUGUCAUGUUUAUAUUAUCUCCCUAAGUGGCAUUAGUUCGUGAGCUGGAUCAGAUAGAGGACGAGGAAACCACUUCGCGGACGACAGUGUGUCCUGGAUCAUAAUCCAUGGGUGAUUAUGGCCAUAUAGGUUUAUGAUUAGCUAGUUUUGCUAUAUAGGUUUAGUUGAUAAAUUUUGUAUACGAAAUUUGGUUUAAUUUGUCUGAAUAUAUAUGAUAGUUGGUGACCGUUAUAUUUCGGUAAGACCGUAAGGAUAUCAUCUGGUUUCAUGAAAUAGAGUUUGAUCAGUUUGUAUGGUUAGGAGUUUGUUAGAAAGCUCGAUGACAAUUCAUUUCACUACCUUGAAGUUGUUACCAUUUUUUUGCAUUUUCUCUCUUCCUUUUCCUGCUUCUCCCGCAUUAUAUAAUAUAUCAGCCAUAGACCAUAUUGCAUUCAAAACUUAUGUAUCAAUUAUCAUCAUUUAUCAACUAAUAAUAUAUAUUUUGUCGAUCUCUUGCUAAGAAAUAAUCAAGUGAUGUUAAUUUCUCUUUGAAUUUCUGUUGCACUUUUCAACCGUCAUCAUGAUGAUGAAAUCUUUCUCAUUUCAUUUUCACCGUGUAACGUCAAUCAUCAAAUCAGAAGGGGAAAUGCCGAAAUGGUAAUAGAUUAAGAUUACUCUCGGCCGGGGAACGCAUGGACGAGAAAAUUAGCGCACACUUUUUACAUAUUAUCUUAAAUCUUCGAUUACAACUUUCUCCCAAUCAAAGGCUUAACUAAAAACAUGGAAAGCACGUGCCCCAUUACGGCCGGUGUACCUAAUUAUUAAGCUAAUUAGUCGGCACCAUACUAUUACUAAUCUACUAGUCGGCGGAUUUUGUCGUCUUUGGGUGUGAUUUUUCGGGAGCCGCAGUAGCAUCGACGGCGGAUCGCCGGCGUCGCGGCCGCAUUCGCCUGUCUUUAUCCAAACCGCCACCACGCACCGAAUCAGGUCAACUGACCGAAGUUUUCGUAUUAUAAAAAGAAAAAAAAAAGUAGGGACCUCAUUGGCAUUUCAUGAAAAUCACGGGGUGGAGUAGGAAAGAACAAAUCAAACACGGGUUGUACCACCCACACACAGUUUCCACACAGAUUAUACGAUCCGAAACCCACAAAUUAUUAUUUUAUGUCAAACUAGCCCCACAUUGAUCUAAUAUGAAUCAGUCAAAAGCAAGACCUUUUUGUUCUGUUUUGUACUUUUGUUUCUUUCUUCUUUCCCUCUUCCAUGGAUGGAUAUGAUAAUUAGUGUGUACUUGGCCUAAUUGCAAAUUGUACUUAGCUGCGGUUAUUUGCACGUGGUGAACCUCGUAAAAGGUAAAGCAAACGACUAACAACUAAUGAAACGCCACCGCGAUGCAUUUCGGACGAAUGCUCGAAACACCUUCCCAUACAACGAAUCGUAUUCAAGAGUCCGAAACGCGCAUUCAAACUUUCGUCUUCUUUCCAUUUCCCGCCAGAAGCCAUUAUUGCAGCUAGCUGAUCAUGAACUCUUUUCAAGCCUUCUUACACAACCCAAGUAAUCUUUGGCGUUGGCGGAUUUUGUCUUUUGGGUGCGUGUGAAUUUCGGCAGCCGCAGCUAGCAAACGACGGCCGCGCAUCCGCCUGUGUUUAUCCCAUCCGCAACCGGCCGCACACAGAAUGAAUAAAGGUAAUUGAC